AUGGCAAACAUUACUAUAACGAAGAGUUCAUUUGGUAGAACUGAACUUAAUCGUGAAUGUAUGAAAUACACUCUUUCGACAUCAGAUGGUUUUGAAGUUGCUCUGAUUGACUAUGGUGCUACGAUUCAAUCGAUUCGACAGAUUGAUAAAAAUAACCGGGUCGCUGAAAUUACUCUUGGCUAUGAUAAUUUACAAGACUAUAUUGAUGAUAAGUGUUAUUUUGGUUGCACUGUUGGUCGAGUAACUAAUCGAAUCAAGAACGGCUAUUUUCAGUUAGAUGGACAUGAAUAUCAGUUAGAAAAAAAUGACCAUGGAAAACAUCAUUUACAUGGCGUGUUUAACAAACGUCUAUGGAAGAGUUCAGUGGAAAAUAAUGAGACAGUUGUAUUUAAAUAUCUAAGUCCAGAUGGAGAAGAUGGUUAUCCAGGAGAAGUCGAUGUUACUGUGAAGUAUACUUUAACGUAUGAUCAUUGUUUAAUAAUCGAUUUUUAUGCCACAACUACCAAGCCAACACCUAUUAAUAUGACGAAUCAUACAUAUUUUAAUCUUGCGGGACAUGCAAAUGUAACAAUACUUGACCACGAAUUGAUGGUAGCAGCCAAUCGUUAUACUCCACUCGAUGCUGAACAUAUUCCUAUUGGCGAAAUUGCAUCUGUUGUAAAUACUCCAAAUGAUUUUCGAACAUUGGCGCGUAUUGGUGAUCACAUUAACGAAAUCCCCUAUGCGUAUAAUGUUAUGUAUAUGGUUGAUGGAGAUGGAAAGCGAUCGUUUGGAAAACUUGUUCAUCGAGAAAGUGGCCGAGCAAUCAGUGUUCAAUCGACACAGAAAGGUCUUCAAUUCUACACUGGAACAUAUCUUGAUAACAUUAAAGGACGCGACAAUGUCUCAUAUCAGAAAUAUAGUGGUUUGUGUUUAGAAGCUCAAAAUUUUACUGAUAGUGUUAAUAAUCAACCUCGAUUUCCGAGUACAAUUCUCCGUCCUGGUGAGAUUUAUCACGAACAAACGAUAUUUCACUUUUAUUUAGAAUAA